ACAACCUCCACGACACAACAUGGAGGAAAGACCCGACGUCCGGCGUUUUGCCCCUUACCCAACCGGCGACAAAAUGUAGCUACCAAGGAAGAGGUGCAGAGGAGGUCAAGUUAUUAGCUGAGGAAAUAGAAGACGGACAGCGUGGUGCGGUUACGCCCGGGAAGGGGGCGACAGAAUUUGACGUUAAAUCGGUGGAACGCUCAGGCGUUUGGUGAGGACACCUCGUUGGGUCCUUUCUCACUGCCGUCGGGUGCGGGACGGUGCCCCUAAUUGCUGAAGACUGAGGCUACCCCGUGAUGCUCUCCAGGUUGCUCUGUCCACCGAUUGAUGAUUUUCUGCCGUAUCUUUAAAAAAAUGGCAACUAAUGGUGCUGUUCUGAAGAGACUGGAACAGAAGGGUGCAGAAGCAGAUCAAAUUAUUGAAUAUUUAAAGCAGCAAGUUGCUCUUCUUAAGGAGAAAGCAAUUUUGCAGGCAACUUUGAGAGAAGAGAAGAAACUUCGAGUUGAAAAUGCUAAAUUAAAGAAAGAAAUUGAAGAAUUGAAACAAGAGCUAAUUCAGGCAGAAAUUCAAAACGGAGUGAAACAAAUACCAUUCCCAUCGGGUACUCCACUGCAAGCUAAUUCCACAGUUUCCGAAAAAGUGAUACAGUCUAUACCAAUGACAACUGUAUCUUCUGGUGCCAAAGAACAGAUAACAGGAGGAAGAGCAGAAGAAAAGAUGAAAGAGAAAAUUGAAGUGAAAGAGAAAAAGGAGAAAAAACAAUCAAUAGCAGGAAGUGCUGACUCUAAGCCAAUAGAUGUUUCUCGUCUGGAUCUUCGAGUUGGUUGUAUCAUUACUGCCAGAAAACAUCCUGAUGCGGAUUCUUUAUAUGUAGAAGAAAUAGAUGUUGGAGAAACAGCCCCAAGAACAGUUGUCAGUGGCCUGGUGAAUCAUGUUCCUCUUGAACAGAUGCAAAAUCGGAUGGUGAUUUUACUUUGUAACCUGAAACCUGCAAAGAUGAGGGGAGUAAUAUCUCAGGCAAUGGUAAUGUGUGCUAGUUCACCUGAGAAGGUUGAAAUCUUGGCACCUCCUACUGGGUCUGUUCCUGGAGACAGAAUUAUUUUUGAUGCUUUUCCUGGAGAGCCUGACAAGGAGCUAAAUCCUAAGAAGAAGAUUUGGGAGCAGAUCCAGCCAGAUCUCUGCACUAAUGAUGAGUGUGUGGCUACAUACAAAGGAGUUCCCUUUGAGAUAUUGUAGGAACAAUGAAAAUUAACUUAGGAAUUAUGAGCUUUCAAGUUCACCAGCCUUGAGAUGAUGACUGAUGAGGGCUACCAAAAAGAAAUGCAUCUCUGGAGGUAGGAGUAUAGAUAUUGUUUGAAAGAAAAAUCAUACAUACAGUAUCUAGCUGCUUAUAGUCUCUAAUCAGAAAGAGAGGCAAAAUAAAUUUAAAACAACCCUGCAUGCCAGCUUAUGAAAGGUAUAAUGAAAUUUCAUUUAUUUAAGUCCAUGGAAUUCUGGUAGGCCAGUUUUAUCUUCUUGCUGAAAAACCAAAUAUUAACAGAGCAUCAAUAGCAACAACUGACAAGUAAACACAAAUGAAACUCAAAAGUUAUUUUGUACUCAGGAUAAAUUAUUCUUUUGGAAAUAAGACUGUUAUAAAAUCUUUCGUGAUUCUGUAUUUUCUAAUUUUUCCCAAUUAAAUUUCUUUAAAUAUUCUAAUAUAAAUUAAAGAAUGUUUCAACUACUUAGAUAAUUGAAAUAUUUGUUCCCAGGUUUUAAAAUUACAUAAAACAUUAAUCAAGUCAUCAAUGUAGCCCCAUUAUUAGUCAUUGUUUUUACAGGAAAAAGAAUUCUAUUUUAUUUGUCUCACUGGGAUAAGAGAGUUCUUAUGGAAUCAACAACAACAAAAAUGGCAUUGGUAGUGAACUGUACAUAAACCUUUUGGCUUCUGACUAGUAUUCAGCCCUUUAAGGAUUUCAACGGUAGAAGGUAGUGUUAGGUCACAGCCUAAACAGUUGGUGCCUUUCAGCCUCUAUUUAAACCGGAAAAUAAUAAAUCAAUGAAGUUGACCCAAUCACAGGAUGCUUUCUUAAGCAAGAUUGGCCCACUAUCUUACAGUGAAUAUUGGGAGUACUAACUUUUCUUAUAUUUAGAAAUUCCAUGUGUAUUAUUGCUUUGAGAUUAGUCAUUUUCAGGGCAUGUUGAUUUUAAUAUAAAAUUGAAAAUUUUUUCUCCGCCUUGCUUUCACUAAAAGCAUUAGGUACUCUAGGAUACAAGAAUAAGUGCCCACCAAACAUGAUUUAUCAUUGCUUUUUAAAAAUAUGUAAAUUUCUAUUUAGACUAUCUACAGAAUAUUCAAAGUAACUCAUAGAAGUUUAAUAAGAAGCAUGUCAGCAAGACAGAGGGUGUGGAUAAGACUGUGUCAAGCAACAUUAGUGAGUUUAACCAGGUCCCAGAGUCUUGGCCUUGGCUUUGCAGGUCCAAAAGCCUGCAUUUGUAGAUGACUGUCAGAGAUGCUAAGAUAUCCAAAGAGCUUAGUAUUGGUUUUGACACCAGAUUAUCUAGUUUUGAUUUCUGGCUGUACAACUUAAAUGCUUAUGUAAGCUAGGGUAACUGUUUAGCCUUUAUGUACUUUAUUCCCCUUGUUUAAGAUGGGUACAGUAAAGUACUUAUCUUAGAGUUGUAAAGAGUGUGGGAGUUUAGUACUUAGAGUACUUAAGACAGUUCCUAUUAUAUAAUAGAUACAUAUCAUGUUGAUAUUAGUUUAUGGUAGAGAUAUUCCUUUUCCAGAAACUAGCGUUCUUGAGAUUUCCUGAGAAGUUAAAUUCUUGUUCAGAACGUUACUCAGUGUAUAUGAAGUGAGCAGAGUAUCUUAAGGAAUAUUUCAUACAGACUGAGGUCCUGUUUUUUAACAGACUCUAUUAUUUUUUUGUACCAGAUAUAGUAUCUGUUACCUUGCUGGAGAUGUUCAUUACUACAUUACUGAAAAUUUCCCACUGAAAUCUGUUGUUUAGAUAUUUAGAUACCAUUCAUGUUCAUUGAUGCCCUUUGACUGGUUUAAUAUUAAUGAUAAAGUUUUAAAUAGUUUUGCAAUUUUCUUAUACUAGGAAGACAAUAUUUCUCACUAUUGUGUUUUAGUUUAUUAUAAAUAGAAGCAAUUCUCUUUUCAAGUUCUUGGUCAGUGGGGAAGCAUAUCACUAUUGCGUGUAACAGGAACAUUAAAAGGAUAUGAGUAUACCUCAGCUUUCCAGGGAAAUUAUAUGUUGUACCUUUAAAAAAAUAAAAAUAUCAGAAGUGCUCAAUACUAAGGGUAUACUUUAGCCACAUAAACUGUGACACUCUGAGCAUUAUGCAACAAUGUAAAAAACUAAAACUUUAUCACCAAAAUACCAACUAAAAACUAUGGAGGAAAAUUAAUGUAACUCAACUAACAAUAAUAUUGCAAAUUACUGUUCUGUGGAGAAACCUUUACUCUCCAAAAUUUCAAUUAAGGAAUAAACCAUGCCCUUUUCUAACAAAAGUUGGCGGAGGGGAGUAUAUUCAUAUUUCUCUGCUAUUAUGGAUUUUUAUUAUAGAAUUAUUAUUAAGAUAUUUAGUGCUUUAUAGCUAACAAAAUAGUUUCACACAUCUUAUCUGUUUCUUAACUCUAUAGAGGUAGACCAGCCAUUUCAUUUACCCUAAAGAACCAACAGAAAAGUUAAAUAAAUGCCUGUGCUUAGUGUAACUAGCUGAAACCUAGAUCUUCUUCCAGCUUUUAACUAAUCCUGUACUCUUCUCCAUUACAAUAUACUACCUUAUGUGUCACUUAAAUGCCCUGUGGUUUCUUGUAUUUGCAUGAGAAACAACUUUUCUUCUGUUUAAACUUUAGGAAAAGAUAGUGAUAAACUCCCUAAACUGUAGUAGUUCAUGUAAGGAGAUUAGGGUGACUCCUUUAGUGGAGUAUUUAAGAGAUUCUAAAGAGAGAAGUGAGAUCAUUCAUUAAACAUUGCUUUGGAGUGGUUGGUUACAAAGAUAAUUUACCAACUUUCUUCUUUUUGUUGCAGAAGUUCUUAGGAAGAAUCUCUUGGUAAAACAAGGCUGCUGCUGCUGGUAGCAGUUGGCUUGAUUCUAUGAAUAGUGUACUGUUGAGGGCACUGAUCCUGACUGGCCAUCCCAAAAGCCAACCUAUGAGAGAAGUCACUAAGUUCUGAUAGAUAGAUAGAUAGAUAGAUAGAUAGAUAGAUAGAUAGAAGUAAUAUUUAAUUAUUUAAUCCAGGAGCAACUCUAUAGUUACACCUCAUUUGCAGUACUGUUUGGAUGAUAAUCCCAAAAUUUGCAGUGAUAAUGACAAGAAGGAAGGUAACUGAUGGCUAAUAUACCUCUAUACAAAACCAGACAUUCAGAUACCAACUUGUUGGAAUGAAAGAGUGGCUUACACAUUCUUGCUUACUGCACUUUUUAUAGUUCUGGUUUUUCCUUUGGACAAAUCUUGGCAGAGAUAAUUCAUAGGGGUAUAACUCCAAAAAAAAUUUGGAAAAAGGACUCAGAACAAUGAAAUAAUUGCUGGUUUGAAAGUGAGCCAUCUGGAAUUUCAGAGUGUGAAUUAAUUAUUGUAUAUUAUAUUUUUUCACCCUUAUGUAUUCCCUUGUUUAUUUUUUUUCCUUCCCCUUCCUUACUCCCACCCCCCGCCUAGCAUACACUAUUCCCAGUUCUCUGGAUUUUUUAGUAAAAUAUGUGUGUAAGUGUUAUUUUAUGUCUCCAUCAACAUCAUUUCCUAUCUGGCAGGCUAUUGUCCUUAGCAACAGCAACAGAAACAAGCCUGGGACUCAAUAAUUGUAAGAAAAAAGAAUAAUCCUUUUUAAUGAAGGAGCUAACUGCUCUUCCUUGCCUUUCCCAUUGCUACAUAAUACCUGAAGAAUUGUUCAAAUAGCAAUUAUUAAUGUCUGCUCAUUUCUGCAAUGGCAUUUUUGUGAGGAGCCUUCAUAUCAAGGUUGCUCUUAACAGUUUUACAUUUGUUUUUGUAAAUUGCCUCAUUAGAAUAUUAUACAUCCCAGUAGAGAAAUGCUCUCAAUACAUAACAUCCACUUAACUUUUCAGCUCUAAGAUUGCAUAUUUGGCUGAUACUUGUUAGUUUAAAACCCAUUCAACUUUUUACACCUGGGGAAUGUGGAAAGAACAGUAUAGGAGUUAUCCAAAAUCAACACCACAAUUUGAUUUCUCUUUGAAAAAGAUUUAAGAAAAAUACAAAGUAAAAGUCACUUUUAGAGGUUAACAAAAGAGAAUAAUAAUGUUGGUAAAAAUAACCUUUUUCUAAAACUUCAGUUGUCAUAUGAAAAGAUAACAUUUUCUCUUAAAACAGCACAUAAAUGGAAAACAAAAACUUCAGGUGCUUAUGAAUACAUUUAUUAUUAAAAAUAAGGUUUGAGGAUUUGGGGAACAGCGAUGUCAUUUAAAAACAUUGGCCUUUUAUAAAGAAUAUACCUGAAUGUGCCUGAGGCACAUUGGUAAUAUGCCUGAAACACAGUAGAACAGAAAAUCUAAACAAAUUCUUAAUGAAAAAUAUGGCAGAGUAUAAACAUAAGUAAAAGCAAAUCUGAAAUUGCUAAUUGAGGUAAUCUAUUUAGAAGAAUAAACCUAGUAAAGGUCAGAACUAAUGAGUAUUAGGGGUGAAUCACCAAUGUCCCAAGAUGGUAUGUGCUAAUGAGACUCUAAACUCAGCUACACAAAAAUAUCAAGUAUACCAUCUUCCAGUCCUCUAAAAUGUUCAAAACUUUCAAAUACAAAGUUUGGUAGAGAAUUUUGUCUUCCAGGUGAGAAUAGCAUAUAGUUUGGGCCUCUGAAGGGACAUGAGGGAAGAUUGCAAAUUAUGGACUAAUGGGAUAGGUGGCAGGACACCAAAGAUGAACUUUCUGGAUAUCAUUUCUUUUACGUAGAGCUAAUUUUGGUCACAUGGUUCUUUUGUCACAAGUUGUAAUUAUCUCCAGUUGUGAUUAGUUUAUUCAAUGGGUACACAUGUACUGUCAUCAAAAAAAAAAAAAAAAAAAACUAAACAACCCAACUUCAAGUAGAGUACAGCACAGCAACAAGAGGUUCACUGUGGUGUCUCACCAUACUUUUGAUUCAACUACCCCACUACCAACUAACAACUUACUUCUCUACAUGCGCUAUGCUGAUUAUUAUGAGGAGUUAGAAUUGCUGCUGCAUAAGGGUACAUGGAAGAACAAGUCUGGAGUUUAAUGCCUCUUGGAUACUGUACUAGAAUUAAGAGUAUAUUAGGGAAAACACACUGACAAGAAAGAUGAGGGAAGAUUGAAACAGUGGUGAGCAAUGGACCUUCUAAUAUUUGUAUAUUAAGUUGAAAGAGAAAAUGAUAAAUUACCAGGAAUGGUCAAUGUAGUUGGUAAGAAAGUACUUUUGAACAGAAGGGGCAAUCUGUCAGGAAAAUCUUGAAUUAAAUGUCUUAGCAAAAUCUGGUAAUAGGGGGAAAGGAGAAGCAUUCCAAAGCCCUCUUUCCUAGGUAGGACAUGGGAAGGAGAUAAGGAUAGGGAGAAAAUGAAAGUGUUCUACAGGUCUUACCUUAGUUGGUGAGGGCAUAAUGCUCUAUGGAAAGAAAGUUCUUAGGGAAGUAGUUGUUACCUUGUCAAACUAAUAGUGCUUGAUUCUGAAUUCAGAAAUAAGGAAAUAAUCCUUAAUGCAUAUCAGAGUAGAACUUUGAAAUUAUCAAGGAUCAGCAAAACUGAUUUGGUAAAGGAAAAGAAAACUGUAAGAAAUACAGUAAUAUAAAAUAAUUAAACAUAAAGUAUGAUGGAGAAACAUCCAAUAUGCUUGCAUGGGAGAAUUUAAUAUCACAAAAUAUUUUUCAUAACACAAGUUUUUUUAAUUAGGAAAAAUCUAAAAAAUACAUAAAUGAAUGCCUGAGAAUAUCUAGCAAAAUAUUUUCAAAUAAGAGAAACUUGUUCUAGAUAGCAAGGAAUGAUACAGAGCCAUUUUAAUUAAAUCAUUCUGGUAUCGGCGGUAUAAAAUAGAUAACAGAAAGAAAUAAGAAUCCAGAAUAGAUCCAGAAAUAAAGGAGAUAUCUUUCUCUAUAUAUAUCUACCUACCUCAGUCUGUCUAUCUUCAGUAGGAAAAGGAUGAAUUAUUUAGUAACCUAGAGAAAGUAUAAUUGAUUACCCAUCUGAAAGAAAUGAAACUAAAACCACAUCUUGUAUCAAAUACAGAGAAGUAUAUGAGUAUAAGAAAAUUCACAAAUUUAGUUUGGCAUAAAUUCUCAUGAAGUUAAGGGAUAAAUAAUAGAAGAGGAAAAAUAGCAAUGUGAAAGACAGAUGGAAGACUAAUAUCCGUAGUGUACAGAGAGCUCUUCUAUUUUGCCAAGCAGGGAGUGUUAAAAAAAAUAUUCAGUGACACUUGUUAAAGAUGAUAAGGCAGACUUUAUUCAGGAUUGUGUAGAUAGGUAUAAGUACUACUGCAGUGGGAUGUUAGAGUCGGGAGAGAGAUUGGAUUCAACUCCAGAUAUUGCACAGCCAAGUGUGAGAAUUGACAAGGAUAUGAAUUUACACCCCAAGGAGCAGGGUGGGGAAUCAGUGGUCACUUUGGAGUUGAUGGAGGAUGAGGAACCUGAUCAGAUACUGAGGGUCGAGGGUUCUGGUUUAACUAAUGUAUCAGAAUUCUUGCUAAGACUAGAUCUUACAAAGAAAUGCACAGGCGGGCCUAGACGUUUAAGCCUGACUAAAGUUUUGGUCAAGCAAAGAAUCAUUAUAAGAAGUAAUCCAAUAGGAAAAUGAUAAAAAGGAUAAUGUGAAGAGGCAAUUCAUAGAGGAGCAAAUCUAAAUGAGCAGCGUGCUUAUAAAGAUAGUCUAAUUGAAUAGUAGUUUGGGAAAUGCAAAUUAAGGUAAGAUAAUUUAACAUUUAUCAAACUGGUGUUAGCAGUAGGUAUUUAAGGUGAUAACACCAACUGAUGACAAAAAUAUAGGAAAGGGUACUCAAAUGUUGGUGUAAAUAAAGUUUGUGACACUAUGAAGAGAAACUGGGUAAGAUAUAUUGAAAUUAAAAGGUAUGUAUACCUCAACCCAGAAACUCCACUCUUGGAAAUAUAACUUACAGGAAAACGUCAAUCUUAUGCACACACACACACACACACAUGAAUAGUUGUCAGAGCAUGACUCUUGGUGACAAAAACUGGAGUGCACGUCAAUAGAGGAGUUGUACAAAUUGUUAUAAAUACACUGAAAUGUAAAAAGGGAUGAAUUUAAGCUACUUUUUAGAGUUGGAGGAAUUUUUAUGAGAUUGUAUUAAGUGAAAGAAAGAUGUUGUAGAGAGUAUGAUAUGAAAUGUUUUUUAAAAAGGCAAAAGUCCUCCAUGUGUUUGUGUGUAUUCCAUGUGUGAUUACUUGGACUAGCAGGAAAAUAUGAAUGGUGCUCUUUGUUGACAUGAACUCUCUCUAAUUGGCUGAUGUGCAUGAAGAGGAGAGAUGGAAGGAGGAGAGAGGUAAAAGUGGACCAAAAAAGCAGAGUAGAAGACUACUAAAAGAAAGUCAAAUAUGUCAUAUCACAAUUAGGGAGUUAUGUAAAUGUACAUAUGUUUAUAUAUAUAUAUGUGUGUGUGUGUGUGUGUGUGUGUGUACACACACAAAUAUAAAACAUAAUUUAGGGGAAAACAUCACAGAAGUCUUCCUCUUUGAAACUGGAGGCACCUUUCCUGUAUUAAUCAGGUUGGCCUCAGAGGUCUUGAACCCCUGAAUGUUCUCCACAACCUAUCUUUCCUGAAACUAGUAUUAUUUAUAUCCUAGAAGAGUUAGCUGAUGUCACAUGAAUGAAAGAUAUGAAGGACUUAAUACCUGAAUUUUCCACUCCCUUCGCCACUCACUUCAGUUUCAGCUUUGCAGCCUCAAAUCUCAUUAUCUGUCACGAAGGGAGCAACCCCUGGGGAAGUGUCAAUUCCUAUUUAGUUCUUAAACUCAGCCCCGUUGUUGGGUCCUGCAGAGAAAUAGAGAUACUGUUUCAAGUUGGAAUUCGAAUUAUGCUUUCACAUAGAAGCAUUUUACAAAUUUUGGUGUUAGGCUUUCUAAUGCAUUUCUAGGUGUUGUGCUAGAGUUCAGGUAAAAUUAAGCAUUAAGUAGGCUUAUGAGGACUAGUCUGGGAGGAUAAUCAUGAGCUACAAUCCUGUUUCUAAUAGGAAAUACAGUGAAUUGCACACUUAAAACAACUUACAAAUUAAUUUCACUAUUUUAGUGAAAGUUUUAUAAAUUAUAAAGCUCAUAUACCAAUGUUAAACAUGAGGAUGAUUCAAUUUUGAUUUGGUGGUAGACUUGGCUAUGAUUGACUAGAAUUAUUUUCCUUCAGUCCUCUCUGCUGCCUUUUAGACCAUCGUCUCUACUAAGCCAACAUGACCAACCUUACAAGGUAGAGGAGGCCUCUUUUUAAGUCCAGGCUUUAUUCUUAUUUGGUUAAUACAGUAAUAUCGUUACCCUUGUUUGUGCUGCAGGGCUUGGCUCUGAAUUUUUACCUAUAUUUCCAACCCUAAAUACGAACCACAGGUUAUAAAAAAGUGGAAAAGAAAGUUAACAUUUCUUGAGCAUCAUUACAGUAACUAUCCAUUAGAUAUUCCAAAUGAGGCCUUUCACAGGAUUAAAUAAUUUUCGUUGUCUAGCAUCAAGUAAUUGGUGGAACUAGUUUUUAAAAUAUAGAUAAUAAUUGAUUCAUCUUAAAUUUCAUUCAAAUAUAUAUACUAAACAGUUUAUGAAUCAAAAGUGUUUAUUGAAUUUUUACAAAGUGAGUACUCAAACUAACCUCCAGAUCAAAAAACUAAAUAUUACCAGACUCUCAGAAGCUGCCCAGUGCAUGCUCACUGUCCCCUCCCCAAGAGUGACCUCUCCUUCUAACAUCAGAGUAGUUUAUAUUACAUCAGUUUUGACUGUUUUUGAACUUUAUACAAAUGGAAUAAUAUAGUAUAUACUGUUUCAUUCAAUUUUAUGUUUGGACAAUUCAUUGGUAUUGUUACAUGUGGUUGUAGUUUGCUCAUUCUCAUUAUUAUAUAAAUACUCCAUUGAAUAUACCUCAAUUUGCUUAUCUAUAUUCCUGUUAAUGGACUUUCGGAUAAUUAUUGGUAGCUAUUUGGCUAUUAUGAAUAGUAUUACCAAGAGCAUUCUUGUACAUACAUGUCUUUUAGUGUACAAAUCUACACAUUUCUGCUGGAUAUAUAAUUAUAGGGCAAUUGCUGUGUCAUAGGAUUUGCAUUAGAAGUCUUGUUUCCUUUAAUUUCUUUUUAACAGCCAAACAGUUGUCCAAAGUGGUUAUACCAAUGUACGCUCUCAGUAGCAGGCUAUGGGAAUUCUGACAGCCCUCAACCAUUCUGACAAAGGCACUUUUGAAACAAGGUUUCUGACUCUAAAGCCCAAAGCUCUUUUCCCUUUAUCUAAAUUUUAUUUAAAGGUAAGAACUUGGUAACAAUUUUCUUUUAUAAAUUCCAUGAUUCUUUCUAAGAUUUUUAUUCUUUGUUCAUUAAGUGAGUUUCCUUUUUUAUACUGGAAAAUAUAUCUGCACUGUACAGAAUUUAGCAGGGUUAGCAGUGUAUCGGAGGCCUCGUGCAAGUAUUUAUCUUCACUGAACCCAGCCUCUUCUAUUUUUUCUGCAUGGGUGAAAAGAAUGGCAGUGUAAUUCUUCCAAGCAUGUCCUAGAAGUUCCUGAAAGAGAGAGAAAGUUAAAUGGCUAUUUGCCUUGGCCUAGAUUCCUCAAACACCAGCAAAGGAAUUAUGGUCCAACAUAGGCAACAGAUCUGGAUGUCAUUAUGUUACUAAAAAUUGAUAUAUGCAAUGGAAAGUGAAGAUGGGGUCAAAUAAUGUAAGUAAAUGGAGAGAGAUGGGUGGAUUUUGUUAAAAAAAAAAGGCUUUAAUUCUCCAUUUCAUUUUGCUCUUACAAUUUAUGUAUACACAAUUUCAGAACUGCAUGUUAUUAAUGCUGCAUAUGAUACAAUUACAUUUAUAACAUUCAGCAAUAAUUUCUACUUGCCUGCCAACCUAGAGCUGUUAGAACCACUGAAUUCCUUUAAGUCAGAGGACUUGGGCCAAGGGAAUUGUCGUAUUCUUUUUGUAGAAAUGUUGUGUUAUCAUGAUAACCAAAAGUGUCUUCUAAGGAUUUGUAAUUAUAUAAUCUGGUUACAAUCUAUUGAUUAGUCAGAUGUGAUAAAAUGGAAAAGUUAAGAUCAAAUUACAUUUAGUGAUUUGAAACAGCUACAAAAUAUUAUUGUGAUUCACUCGCAUCCUCUUCACUUCACAUGCUUAGAAUCAAGUCCAAUUUAUCAGAUGACUUCCUCUACUGUGGUUGAAAAACAUUGAAGACUGGUGUUCCUUUGUUUAGUGAUAUAUGGAAGUUGGUUAUAUAAUAAAUUCUUGUUUGGUGAAAAUAAGCUGAUGUAAAGCAGAAAUGCCAGCAUGUGGCAAAUUGUUCAUACAAUAUGGAAGGUGUCUAGGAAUAACCAUUUAACUUUUUAAAAUAUUUACAAAGUUAUAUGAAAUCAUGGCAUUGUGAAAGUAAAAUGGCAUUCCAUUCAUUCCAAAUAUUCUCAUUAUCAAAAUAUUUUCAAAUCUGCUACCAGUUUAUAAUAGCAGUUUGGAAUUUAGAUCCUCACCAUCAUCUCAAAUAGAAAGUUUAUUAGGGUUUUAUUUAUUUUUGAGUUUUUGGAAAGAUAUAAAAUAGUUAGGAAUGAACAUAACAAGAAAUAUCCAGGACCUCUAGUAAUCAGAAGAAGGAAGGAAGAACAACUACUAUUUAGUUCUAGAUAUUAUGCUAGGUACUUUACAUGCUUUAUUUAUUUUGAAAUUCAACAUAAUGCUUUGUGGAAGAUACUAGUAUUAUUUCCAUUAAAUAUGGAGAAACUGAUGUAUAGAGAGGUUGAAUACAAAUCCAUAGAGGGAUAUCAGGACAAACUGGUUUAAAAAUUCUUGAGAAAAUUGAAAGAUGGUUUGGGAAACUAUUUUCAAUGUAUGUAACAAAUACAGGAUUGGUAUUUAGAAGACUGAAAAACUGAAAAUGAAAGGAAGAGAGAAAAGGGGAGAAGGAAAGGAAGGAAGGGAGGAGGAAGGGAAUAAGGAGUCAAGACAUGUAAAUAAUAGAAAAUACGGCAACUGUGGGACAAUAUAUUUAAACAUCUUGAGACCAUGGUUACCAACUAAAUUCCUGGCACAGUCUGGCAUUUAUCAGACUAUUUGUUUACACAUUUAUCUCUCUAACUUGACCAGUAGCUUUUGGAAGGCAGAGUCUGUGCCUUACUAUGUAAGUCAAAGCUUUGGCACAUUGUAAACUCUCACUAGAUAUUGGUUGGAUUAAUUUGGAAUGUAGACCUCACUGUCAUCUCAAAUAGAAGGUUUAGGGUUUUAUUUAUUUGUUUUUGAGUCUUUAGUUUUGAAGUUUAAUCUUUGGGACAUAAAGAGGUACUUUCCU